AUGUUUGUGGAUGUGGUUGACGUAGAGGACCAAUUUUUUAUCUCCAGUGACAGUGGUGUCCAGCCAGUCGAAUCUGCGGCUUUUGGAGAGCAGCUGAGUGCAGAUGUCCAGGUGUCUUUGGCGGUUGCCGUCGCUCAACGCAUGUGGGAGCCACUGACCGAGAUCAAGAUGUAUUUGCUGCCUGUGAUCAUAGUAGGAACAACCUUACUGCCGAACUCUUUCUGCUUGUUUGGAUUUGGCAGAAAACAAUCGGUGGCCGUACGAGGUCUUCUUCAAUGCAACGGAGUGCCAGCAUCAAAUGUGAAGGUGAAACUGUACGAUAAGGAGAUACUUUUCGAUAAGAAGCUGGACCAGGGAAAAACGGAUUCAUCUGGAUAUUUCUAUUUAUCUGGAAGCAAAACGGAAAUCACUAACAUCGACCCUAAAGUGAAUAUUUACCACAAAUGUGGAUACAAAGGGCCCUGCUACAAGAAGUUUUCAAUCACAAUUCCGGAUAGUUUCAUAACUCGAGGCAGCACACCAAAGUCCACCUUCGAUAUCGGUAGAAUCAAUCUUGCCGGAAAAUUCAAGGGACAAUCAAUAGACUGCAUAAAUUGA